AUGGCAGAUGAAGCGGACGACGUGGACACGAACAAGGGAGACGAAGGCAGCAAAGAGCCUCGCACGAGAGACGAUACCGCUGUGACGGCCAUGGGCAACGCAUUGGAAAAGCUUCGCAUUUUGGGCUACGAGAAGGAAAUGUCCAAGAAGAAGAACUUUGUCGUGUUCACAGACACGUCGUUUGCCCUCGCUGCCCAGAAUGCAAGUGCGCAAUUCAAGAGCUUCCUCGAGAUCGUCGUGUACUUGAUGAAGGUGUGCGAGCAGGACUUUGUCGUGGACAAGUACGACGACCCGAACACGAGCGUGAACAAGUUGAUUCUGUCGCUCAAGAUCAUGGGGUUCCCACUCGACUUUCCCGCGGCCAAACUCAAGCAAGGGUUUGGCGAGGCCGUGUGCUCGACGCUCGAGUUCAUCUGCGACAAGGCGCUAGCAGCAAAAGGGUUUGCGUGGGCGAAACCGAAUUACCCGAAAGAAGAGUACGCCGAGGAGGCCGAGGUGGACGAGAACGUCGAGGUAGAAGCCGACGACGAAGUGCCCGUGGAGGAAGAGGACGAGGAGCUGUACGCGAUGCGCGGCAAGGCCGAGGAAAACGACCUGGACGAGUCAGCCAAGCAGAUCAUUCUCACGAGUGUGGACCCGCUGCUAUGGAAGACCGAGCUGGAGCGCGUGGGACCCAAGUUGAAGGCCAAGACCAAAGAAGACGAAGGGAAGGAGUGGCAUGCGCACAUUGAGCAAACCAAAAAGCACAGCAUGACGAUCACAGAGAACCUGUCGGGCACGACGGCCCAGCUCAAAGCGAUUACGACCCAGCUCUCGGAAGUGAUCCAGCGCAUGGCGGAAAAGGAAAAGCACAUCAACAAUGAGUUCGAUCAUUUGCGCCAAGAGUACCACCAAAUCAAGGAAAAGCUCCAAGGGGUCACGGAACGGUGCAAAGAAGGGUCGGAAAAGGUCAAUGCGAUGACCACCCAGCACUCGGACAUCACUGAGCAAUUGCGCGAGACCAAGUCGGAUAUGGACAGCAAAGGCAGCAAAAUGACCGACACGUCGCCAUUGGUGCAGAUCAAAGCUGCCCUGCAAACGCUCAAAGUGGAAAUCAAAAACUUUGAAUUGCGCAUUGGGGUCGUGGGACACACGUUGCUGCAGUCAAAAGCCAAGCAAAAAGCAGCGCACGGAAAGCGCUCCAACGAGGCGAGUUCCGUGGACCCCGAGUACGACAACAGCGACGACGACUUGGACUAA